CGUAGAGUUCCAAUGAGUCUUACAAUCAAGCUUUACUCUCUUGAACAAUCAAUAUUUGUAAGUCUGCCUAACACAUCAUUGAAACUUUGUCUUCUAUUAACAGAUGAAGUCCAAUACACAACACUAUCACGAAUUCUCCAAAUGCAUUCCUCAAUUCCUCAAUGAUAGACAACCCAUCUUGCACGAUUAGGUUGAGAAUGUGAGCAGCACAUCGCAUAUGAAAUAUAGAACCAUUUAGCAACAACAUAUCUUCUUGCAAUUUUUCUAAAAGAGCUCUAAUCAUAGCAUCAUUAGUACUGCAAUUAUCCACCGUCACUAUUGAAAUGUUUCUGUCAAUGUUCCAUUCCGUCAUAGAACUCAAUAAUACAACACAUAGAACAUCCUUGGUAUGUGGAGAAGGAACGUGGAUAAAACUCAAAAUCUUACUCUGAAGGACCCAAGCUUCAUCAAUAAAGUGGCCAGUUACUACCAUGAACCCUCUUUUCCUGUUAUUCGAAGUCCACAUAUCAGUGGUAAUCGCCACCCUACUGCGGACUUUUUCUAACUCAUGCAUUACUUCAUCUUUCCCUUUUUUAAUAUCUUUAAAAUAUCACUCUUGAUUGUAUUUCUACAAACCAUUUGAAACAACGGUUGAAUAGAAUACGCAAACCUCCUAAUCCCAACAUAAUCGACAACCGAUAGAGGAAAUUUGAUUCGGGCCCAAAUGUACACAUUUUACCCCUCAUUUCUUAUUCGUUUAGCUUAGUAUUUCAUCAUUCCUCGACAUAUUUCACGCUAGGUUGUGCUUGUUUUGAUACAUUUCAGGUCCUAGCAUGUGUGGAAGGGUCGAGGAUGAAUUUUGGGAUAAUUGGAGGUAAAAAAAGUGCAAAAACCGAAGAAAGUCCGAAGUCACUAUUUGGACGCAAUUGUGUAUGGUUUUGCUAAGAGGUGAAUUGAGUGUGGAGGUAGUUUUUCAAAGUGAGCAUGGUUCCUUAAGUUAAAAAAUGUGGCAUGUUUAUAGCUCUCUUUAGCCCCCAAAGAAAAGAUAAGAAAAGAAAAAAAGAAAAAAAAAAGAGUUCAAUAAGAGGGCAAAGAAAAAAAGAGAGUGGCCACCACAAAUAUAAUAAAUGUUGAACAUGCUCUUAAAAGUGUUGCUUAGCAUGUAAGCUUUAGGAACACUUACAUGUUGUUUGCCUACCACACUCUUGUGCUUGAAAUUGAAUAGUAAAUGUAGCAAGAAAGAUUGUUGAGAAUGGUUUGGUGAUUGGUUGUGGAUUGGAAUCUAGGGAAGUGUGGUUUUUGACCGAUGCUAGUUGCCAUUGAGUAAAGGAGAGGGUUGUAAUCGAAACCUUAGAACCUUUUGUCGUUUUAGGAUGGAAAUGUGGAACCUUGUGCUAUGUUUGCCACCACCCAAAAAGCCUUUCCCCAUGUCCUAGACCCUAGCCAGUCAUUUGAACAUGUGUCUAAGACCUCUGGACAAGCUAGCAACGACACCCAUCUUGUGAACUCUAACAUUCAGAGGUUACCGUCGUGGUGAAGGGACGUUAGGAUUGAGUGUGAUUAUGCACAUUUUUUGCAUCAAAUGGUCCUUACCCCAUUGGUCGAGAGUGAGUGAUUCAUUCAGCACGUUUUGUUCAUUUCUUUUACCCCGGUCAGGACCUAGGUUGCUCGAUCGUUCGUUCCUAUGAUGUGAUCUUCAUGCAUGAGUAACUAUGAUUAGUGAGUCGUCGAGGCAUGUUGUGUGUUGGUUGAUGAAUAAUGUGAGAACUCUUCUUUUGCACAAUCUUAAUAUAGUUGAAUGUCGUUUGUGGUGGUUCCCAAGAUUACUUUAUUUUUUCCAUAGGUCGGUGUCAAAUAACCAUUGUGAUUCAUUCGUUUUGUGCCCUAUGACAUGCCCCAAAAAUUGUGUUGAAAAAGAAGUUGGAAGCUUACCUUGUUUUGUACUUGGUUUGCUUGGUGACAAGCAAACGUCUAAGUGUGGGGGCAUGAUUCGGGCCCAAAUGUACACACUUUACCCUCUCAUUUCUUAUUCGUUUAGCUUAGUAUUCAAUUGUUCCUCGAUAUAUUUUACGCUAGCUUGUGCUUGUUUUGAUACAUUUCAGGUCCUAGCAUGUGUGGAAGGGUCGAGGACGAAUUUUGGUAUAAUUGGAGGUCAAAAAGUGCAAAACGGAAGAAAAAUCCGAAGUCACCGUGACAAUUGCCUCGUAACAGUGAAGUGAAGGCGUCCAAGAAACAGCCGUAGUUCACGGUUGGACAAGGGAGUUCAGGGUCUUCUAAGACCAUGAAGAGGAGGCAUGGGCCGUGAACAUCAAGGCGUCCAGGGCCAAAUCCGAAGUUAUUGACGCCAGGCGAGUUCACGGUCUCUAAGACCGUGAACUAGGGCCAUUGACCGUGAACCCAGGAAGCAAAGCGGUGCAUUUUGGAGACGACUCAAUUCAUGGACGCGUUUAGGUUUUCACAGUCGUGAACUGGCCAACGCGUCCGUGAACUGAUCACUUUCAGGCAAAUAUGAAGACAACAACGAGGAGAGAGAGGAGGAGAGCUUGUUUUUGGGGAGAAGAAACACUUUCUUUCUCUAGGGUUUCAACCUAAACACCAAAAGGAAGUUCUAGUGAGAGAGAGAGAGAGAGAGAGAGAGAGAGAGAGUGAGUGAUAGACUGAUCUUGGGGCAUCAUUGGAGGCUUGGGUGGAAGAUUCAAGCCUAGAAGAAGAAGAAGAUCUUGAGCUCAAAUUUGUAAUCUCUCUCUCUCUCUAGAAACUCACUCUUUUCUCUUGGGUCUUGUAUAUCCCUAACUAAUACUUACUUGUUUAGAUUGAAUGAUUGUCAUUGGGUAUUGUUUAAUACAAUGAUUGAGGUAUUAUUCAUGUUGAUUGUGCAUGCUUGUGCUUAGCAAUCUAAGGGUUGUGCAUGUUUUGUGCGUAGCAUCCUUAGGUUUGUGCAUUUUGGUGCUUAGCAACCUAAGGAUUGUGCAUAAUUGUGCUUAACACUCUUAGGUUUGUGCAUUUUGGUGCCUAGCAACCUAAGGAUUGUGCAUAAUUGUGCUUAACACUCUUAGGUUUGUGCAUGUUGGUGCUAGCAAUCUUAUUAGCCACCUUAACCUAGCUUAGAGAGGAAAAUCCCCCUUCCAUGGGAGACUCAAUCGAGUUGGUUUUCCUUAAGCUUUUUAAGCCACCUAACUAGGUUAAUUUGGGGCAACCCUCAUUGUUGAAUUAAGCAAAUCGUUCAAUCGCGAUUAAGCCGUCCAACCUUUGAGUUGUGUGAGGGAGUAAGUCAACUAUCGAUUGCCUAAACCGAGAGGGUCGAGUUACACGGCCUAUAUUUUUCAACUCGGUUUAGCAAUUGAGAUUGUGGUCUCCGACCAUAUAUGCAUCCCUCUACGGUUCGCGGUUACCUUGCUCAUAGCAAUCAUUCCAAUCCAACGAGUCUUGGUAGCUAGUUAGGGGGAAGAAACUCCUCAGUGAAGCUCCCUUAGUUAGAAUUUUCCUUUAUUUACCUUUCUUUGCUUGGUUAGUUUGUAGUUGUAAUAAACCUAAACCCUAAAGUUGCUUGCUAGAUAACAACUUAAGCGAUCAAAGUAGGGGUACAUGGACCGACCCGGGUUGACAAUUUAAAUACUUGCUCUGUACUGCACCCGGCUAGAGUUUAAAAACUUGGACUCUAGUUGGGAUUAAUUUGUGGUGUGGUUUCGUGGGAGUCAAAAUUCAUGAAGAAUAGUCAUAUACGCAAGCUCCCUUCUACUAGUUUCUUGGUAAGAAACAACAGGACUCGAACUUCCAGUACCAAUUUUCCUUUUCUUACUACCCAAAAGUCCACCAACCAUGACUGGAUCAGCAUUUUUUACUGGACAUUUAAACAAAUGAUUGCGCAAAUGGAAAGUUCUAGAGGUGGAUUCAGCCGCAAGCUUUUUAUGGCAGUAUUUGCAUUAAGCUUUUCUCAGCCCACUAAUUACAACUCGAUCAUAUUCCUUCAACACAUCAGACCACUGCUCCCCAGAAGACCAUACCAUACGACUAGAAGACACACUAGGAUGGUUUUGAUUACUACUCUCGUGAUUCAUUGAUAGACUAUCAUCAUUCAUUUUUGAAGCCAUAUUUCCCUAGAAAAACCAAGCAAACAACAAGCAAUCAUUCAAACAUUCACAUUCAGAAAGCAUCAAAGAACACAUUAUGAAUCUGUAUGUGUUGCUGUUAGUACUUAGUAGGUAUUGGGUUGCUAUGUAUCCAAUGGAUCUAUGGAUUAAAGCUUCCAAAUCAAUGAGAAGCAAUAGGCAAUGUCUAGAAAAGCUAUGGGAAUGAAGCAGUAGAAAUUUACAAUUCUCAAAUCAUCCACGUAUUUAGAGUGUCUAUUAAGAAUCAUGAGUGUUUCUUUACCAAACUAAAACUAAAUCAACUAGAAACCUCAGGAACUACCAAUCUAAAGCAAUUUGCAAUUAAGAAACGACCAAACUCAAGACGUCCGAUUAAUAAGACCCAGUUUACAGCAUUUGAAUUCAUGUUCCUCUCUUUAGUAAGACCCAGUUCACACAGUGGAAGAUGAAGCAUACCUGAAGCUAGUUGGUCUCGGGUCAUUUGGAGAAGAGAACACUCAAGACGUUGGGCGCUUGCCGGAGUGGGUUUCUAGUUGUCUAUAUCUCUAGUGAUGAAUAGCUACUAGCGAAUCUGGUAACAGUGGCUUUGUUGGCUGUAUCGGGGAGGCAAUGGUUUUUCUUUGAAUCUCAGUCCUUUUUGGGCAGGAGCUGUUGCCACUGGUCCCAUCCAUUCCCCUCAUACGAGAUACUUCUUCAACAUAUGUGCACUUCUCUAAGGUUUGAUUCUUAGGAGCCUUCCAUAUAUUACUCCAAAAAAUAGAAUGUAUGAAUUAUUUUGAUUUGUAUUUCAUCCCAUGCGCAAACGAGUGUACGAGUUGGGGGGUAGAAUCCAUGGUCAAUGUGUUCAUUGAUGCACUGCUGGUACCGUUGCCACGCUUCAUAGAGAGGUUCUGCCUCCCCUUGCAUAAAUUCUAGGAUUCAACACGUCAACGUGUGAUCUUUCCAUAAUGGGAAGUCCUUGUCUAUGAAGACUUGAGUUGAUUCUUCCCACGUGUAGAGGUCAUCAGGCAGGUAAUCAAAACAAAAAGAAAGAAAUCCGGGUUGUCUCCUCAAUAGUAUUUUUGUUUAAGAUCAUUAAGUUUGACGUUAGACAUGGAUUGCCUCCCACGUAGUGCCUUUCUUUUAUGCCUUUGAGCUAGGUAUAAUUGCGCUCCUUUUAGUUGGAUGACUGAUAGCAUCGUAUUUGCACGUGUUUUCACUCGGAUUUCUUGUCCAUUUUGGCUCGAAUUGAUUGUUGCUUGGCCUAUUUUACGCUAGGUUGUGUUGUUUUGCCAUAUUUCAGGUCCUAGCAAGUACAGAGGUGCAUAGGCGCAAGUUUCAGGUCAUUCGGAGGUCAGAUGGCGAAUCACAGAACGAAUUACGGGCAGCCCCUGCCAAAUUACGACCGUAAUUGGUCAGGGCAUGCCCGUAAAACAAUUGCCGAGCCUUUUCCCCAGAAUUUCCUCUCGGUGAUAAAAUUACGGGCAAGACUCCCAAGAAUUACGACCGUAAUUCACAAAUUACUGGCGGUAAUUGUGAAAUUACGGGCGUAUCUUCUCCUCCUUCAGCUUAAUUGAAACGUGCGUUUUGGGGCGAAUUACGGGCAGGACGUGAUUACGGCCGUAAUUCAGCCCGUAAUUCGCCCAGAGUCGGGUUUUUGAGGCCAGAAUCGAGCCAAGGAAGGAGAGAUCGAAUUUCUUGAGCAAAAACAGAGUUUUAGAGAGAGAAAGUGCGAAGAACUCACCCUAGAAGCCAUCUUGGAGCUGGAUUUCAUCAAUUCAAGCUUGGAGAUCGUCCUAGGAGUGGAAAUCAUCAUCCCGGAGCAGAUUUUCCUCAUCAUUAUGAGUAUGACUACUCCGAUUACUGUUUUCUUUUCUCUCUCUAUGGAGUAGAACCUCUCUCUCACUUGGGGAUGAAGAACCCUAGUUCUAUGUGUUAGGGGAUUGAUUGUAAUGACUUGGGAUGAUAUUACUGUUUGAUUAUAAUCGAAUGAUGCAUGUUUAUUGAGUCAAUUGAAGUCUGAUCAACUUUUCCUGAUUCCUGCUGCAAUCUGAGAUAGAUAGAAUCUGAUUAGGUUGCUAGAGUCUCAUCAUUCGAUAGUAGGAGACUGGUUAUACGAGAGUUAGCCAUUUUACUGCUCUGUACUGGAAUCUAAUUCCAGUAGUGAAUUUCUGUUCUUACUGCUUCAGCUUUCUAUCCCGGUGAAGACUAGUCGUCUGCCGGGUAGUUAGACUGAGAGGGCUUGGUCAGCUUAAGAGAUUCCAAGCUACUGCCGGAUCUUCCGCAGUCUAAUCAACAGUAAAUCAACCCAGGGUAAAUUGCAAUUGAAACCUAACUAAGGAGCUAGGGGGAUUCAUUCCCGAGUGACUCUUUCCUGCUUAAGAAAACCGAAUAAUUUCCUGCUUUAUUUCUGCUUUUAGUUUAAACAACAAUCACUUACUCUAGUUGGCUAGAUAACAGAGACUCACUGAGUAAGCAGUAGAUCUAGACCCCGGGUUGAUAAUAUAACUUGCCUGUUACUGCAUUCCCGGUCUGCGAUUACACUUGGUCGCAGAUUGGUGUUGUGUUUUGGCGUGUCAAGUUUUUGGCGCCGUUGCCGGGGAGCCUCUAGGUUAUUGGGGAAACGUGAGAAUUUGUUACUCUAGCUUUUAUUUUCUGCUUUUUAUUUCUUCCACCUGUGUGCCUUCACGGGUUGUUUCUGCUGAUUGUGUGCAGGUAGUGCAUGACCCGUAGCCAGUCGGGAGAUCUACUACCACUAGACCAGGAGCUUGAACGAACCUGCAGAAACUUCAAGCGGGCUCUAAAGGCGCGACUGGCUGCGGAGGAGGCGCUAUCACAGCUGCAGUUAGAGGAGGAAGAAGAAGAGAUGGCUGAACCAGGGAACCAUGCUGUGAUCCCCGAGGAGCAGACCAUGGGCUCCUACUGGACCGCUAGGGCUGCGGACAUGAGGUCACCCAUUCAGCACCCUCAGGUCCCAGCCAACAACUUUGAGGUGAGCACCUCCGUGAUCACCAUGCUGCGCGGUUCAGUAGUGUUCCGUGGUAAGGAGGGUGUCGCAACCGUCCCGUCCGGGGGGGUCCGAAUGUCGUCGCGUCGGCAUUUUUUGGGAGUCGCCAUCGAUCUUACUUGGAGUAGAUCGAACACUCUUAGGAUCGGCUGUAACCUUAGGGUCAGAACCGAGAUAUGGUCUGCGAAAAUGAAGUUCUGGGUUCGGGAGUACGGUUACGUGUGGGGAAGUGAAAUCACACCCCACGACGCCCUAAAUCGGUACUACUUAAGUCGAUAAGUUUUUUUGUACGAGUUGGGUGUAUUUUAGUAAUAUUUUAGGGUCCUACUGGACCAUUAAAGAAACUAAAUCGUGUUAGUUGUAAUUAAAUUAUACGUCCACUGACGUAAAAUUAAAGGAUUGAAUUAAUUUGUUAGUUGGACUCGAACCUUAUAGGCUGCCUACGUACCCGUUAGACGAGAUCAAAGUCCACGUAGUUCGUUUGAACUUUGAUAGUUUAAUUGUGACAUUUUCAUCACGUUCCACUGAUCGUGAUUUCGUAUUAUAAUUUAUGUUAAUAAAAUUUAAUUUGAUUA